AUGGGCAAAUCUCCCCCGAAUGGCCAGUGGUUGCCACUUGCCACGGUUUUACUGUUGCUUCACGCCGUUAGCAUAACUUCAGCAGAAUACUACCAAAAAAGCUACUACUCCGAGUACGAUUGCAGCGAGCCACUGCUGGAGCAUGCGGCCCUAUCGGCCACCUCGCAUCUGCGUGAACGCGGACCAGAAAAUGCACGGCUAAACGGUGGAUACUCCUGGACCGCCCAGCAGACCGACUUCGACCAGCAGUUCAUUAUCGAUCUGGGCGACGUGCGUAACAUCACCCGCAUCGAAACGCAGGGCCGGCCGCACAGUAACGAGUAUCUGACCGAGUUCAGCAUAAGCUACGGCUUCAACGGUCUCGACUACACCGACUACAAAGAGCCGGGCGGCAACACGAAGCUGUUCAAAGGCAACAAGAACGGGGAUUCGAUCCGGACGAACACGUUCGAGGUGCCGAUCAUCGCACAGUGGGUGCGCGUCAAUCCGACCCGGUGGCAGAACCGAAUUUCACUCCGUGCGGAACUGUACGGUUGUCACUAUGAGUCGGAAAGCGUUUACUUCAACGGCAGCGGACUGGUGCGAUACGAUCUGCUCCGUGAUCCGAUCGCUUCCACGCGCGAAUCGAUCCGGUUCCGCUUCAAGACGGCCCACCCAAACGGUGUGCUGCUGUACUCGCGCGGCACGCAGGGCGACUACUUUGCGCUGCAGAUCAAGGAAAACCGAAUGGUGCUGAACGUGGACUUGGGUGCGAAAAUUAUGACCUCACUGUCGGUCGGCAGUCUGCUGGAUGAUAACAUCUGGCACGAUGUGAUCAUCUCGCGCAACCGUCGCGACAUCAUCUUCAGCGUCGACCGGGUGAUCGUGCAGCGGCGCAUCAAGGGCGAGUUCGAUAAGCUGAACCUGAACCGCGAGUUCUACAUUGGCGGGGUGCCGAACCUGCAGGAGGGCCUCAUCAUUCAGCAAAACUUUACCGGGUGCAUCGAGAAUUUGCACUUUAACGCGACCAACUUUUUCCGCGAGAUGAAGGAUGCGUAUUACGAUGGCGAGCACCUGCGGUACCGGAUGGUGAACGUGAACUACAACUGCCCGGAACCGCCGAUUCACCCGGUCACAUUCUUGACGCGCGGUUCGCACGCCCGCCUGAAGGGGUACUACAGUUCGCGUCAGUUUAACGUGAGCUUCGCGUUCCGGACGUACGAGGAGCGGGGCCUCAUGCUGCAUCACGAUUUCCUGCAAGGCUCGGUCCAGGUGUUCCUGCAGGACGGCAAGGUGAAGGUGCGCCUAAAGGACGACAACUACGAGCACAACCCGGGUACGAUACUGGACAAUUACGAAGAGCAGUUUAACGACGGCAACUGGCAUCACCUGAUGCUGACGAUGAAGAAAAACAGCCUGGUGCUAAGCAUUGACAAUCGGCCGAUGGAAACGAAUAAGCAAAUUGACAUAACGACCGGGACGCUGUACUACAUCGGUGGUGGCAAAACGAAGGACGGGUUCGUGGGCUGUAUGCGCUCGUUCGCGAUCGACGGCAACUACCGGAUCCCGACCGACUGGAAGGAGGAAGAGUACUGCUGCAAGGGCGAGAUCCUGUUCGAUGCGUGCCACAUGAUCGAUCGGUGCAAUCCGAACCCGUGCAAACACAACGCCAUGUGCAAGCAGAACUCGAUGGAGUUUACGUGCGACUGCACCGGAACCGGGUACGCCGGGGCCGUCUGCCACACGCCGAUGAAUGCGCUAUCGUGCCAAGCGUUCAAGAACGUGCACGACGUGAAGCAACGGCAGCGGAUCGAGAUCGAUGUGGACGGUAGUGGUCCACUGGCCCCGUUUCCGGUGACGUGCGAGUUCAUGUCCGAUGGGCGCGUGGUGACGGUGCUGAGCCACAGUUCGGAGCACACGACCCGCGUCGACGGGUUCGCCGAGCCGGGCUCGUUCGAACAGAACAUCAUCUACGAAGCCGAACUGCCCCAGAUCGAGGCGCUCCUGAAUCGCUCAUCGGAAUGCUGGCAAACGCUCACGUACGCGUGUCGCUCUUCGCGGCUCUUCAACUCACCGUCGGAAGCGGAAAACUUCCGCCCGUACGCGUGGUGGGUAUCGCGCCACAAUCAACCGAUGGACUAUUGGGCCGGUGCGUUGCCCGGGUCGCGAAAGUGCCAGUGCGGUGUCGUCGGCGAUUGUGCCGAUCCGACCAAGUGGUGCAACUGUGACUCGAACAGUCUCGAGUGGCUCGAAGACGGCGGUGAUAUCCGCGAGAAGGAGUACUUGCCCGUGCGCGGCCUACGGUUCGGAGACACGGGAACGCCGGUGGACGAGAAGCUCGGACGCUACACGCUGGGACCGUUGCGUUGCUCGGGUGACAGUCUGUUCAACAACAUGGUCACGUUCCGGAUUGCGGACGCAACGAUCGAGCUGCCCACGUUCGAUAUGGGCCACUCGGGAGACAUUUACUUCGAGUUUAAGACGACCACCGAGAAUGCCGUGAUGCUGGAUUCGCGCGGUCCGACAGACUUUAUUCGGCUCGAGAUUGUCGGUGGCACGAAGCUGCUGUUUGAGUACCAGGCCGGCACCGGCACGCAGAAGGUGUACGUGGAGAUGAGCAACUGGCUGAAUGACGAUCGGUGGCACUCGGUGAGUGUGGAGCGCAACCGGAAGGAAGCUCGGCUCGUGGUGGAUGGCGCAACGAAGGCCGAAGUCCGGGAGCCACCGGGUCCGGUGCGUGCGUUGCACCUCAACUCGUCCCUCACGAUCGGGGCCCGGGUGGACUACCGCGAUGGGUACGUGGGGUGCAUUCGGGCACUGUUGCUUAACGGGGAACCGAUCGAUCUGCGAUCGUAUGCCGAACGGGGCAUGUACGGUGUGCUCCCCGGGUGUGUGGGACGCUGCGAGUCGAGCCCGUGCCUUAACAACGGAACGUGCACCGAGCGUUACGAGGGAUUCCACUGCGAUUGCCGUUGGAGCUCGUUCAAGGGGCCUAUCUGUGCCGAUGAAAUCGGUGUUAAUAUGCGAUCCUCAUCGUCAAUCAAGUACGACUUCCAGGGUGCGUUCCGGUCCACGCUGUCCGAGCGCAUUCGGGUCGGCUUUACGACCACCAACCCGAAGGGCUUCCUGCUCGGGUUCUUCAGCAACAUCACGCAAGAGUACCUCACGCUGAGUGUGUCCAAUUCGGGCCACCUGAAGGUGGUGUUCGAUUUCGGGUUCGAGCGACAGGAGCUGAUCUACCCGAACAAGCACUUUGGGCUCGGCCAGUACCACGACGUGCGCUUCUCGCGCAAAGACGCCGGCUCGACGGUGCAGCUGGUGGUGGACAACUACGAGCCGCAGGAAUACCACUUCAACAUCAAGGACUCGGCCGACGCCCAGUUUAACAACAUCGAGUACAUGUACAUCGGCAAGAACGAGUCGAUGAAGGACGGGUUCGUGGGGUGCAUUUCGCGCGUCGAGUUCGACGAUAUCUACCCGCUGAAGUUCCUGUUCCAGCAGAACCCACCGUCGAACGUGAAAGCGAUCGGUGGCCCGCUGACGGAAGACUUUUGUGGCGUGGAACCGGUCACGCACCCGCCGAUGGAGAUUGAAACGCGUCCGCCACCGCUGAUCGAUGAGGAUCGGCUGCGGGACGCUUACGGGCCCGAUACGGCCAUCCUGGGAAGUGUUCUUGCGGUGCUGCUGCUGCUGAUCGUGCUCGUGGCGAUCCUGAUCAGUCGGUACAUGAACCGGCACAAGGGCGAGUACCUCACGCAGGAGGACAAGGGUGCCGAGGCGGCUCUUGAUCCGGAUGAGGCCGUCGUCCAGUCGACCACCGGCCACCAGGUGACCAAGCGGAAGGAAUUCUUCAUCUAAACCAGCACGAUCCUCGCUGCCUGCGACUCUCCCUUUCUCUGUUUUGAUCGACUUUCCAACCGAGUUGUAAAUAAUAUGUGCGACGAGAACCAGAGAGAGGGAGGGAGGGAAAGAAGAAGGGAGAGCGCUCCACAACGACGAAGCAGACACAGAGCGAGCAUUUCUUUUCUGUUUGGUUCCAUUUAUGUUGUGACCGUUUUGCGUGCUGCCAGCAACAGCAUUUUGCUUUUGCGCCGCGGCCACCGCGUGCGCAGAGUGCUUAGGGUUUAGAGAGAGAGAGAGCGAAAAAAGAAAAAAAGAAUCUUUAGUACAGUAAUUAAUUUUAUUAUAAUUUCAACCCGUCCAUUACAAUUUACUGCGAACUAGGCGUGUGCGAGGCAAUUUGUUGGUAAGAGGAGGCGAAAGUAAUGUUUUUCUCAUUGUUUUAACAGCGAAGAAGUUAGGCUACGGCUUUUUGGUCGUUGCCGACCCCCUAGGGCUUAAAGGACCAGAUCGUCCGGAGACGGAAUCGGAAUCUUUUUCAGUUGCUCCCCCCACUGGGGCGUUUGCGAGAAAGUUUCGAAUCGAACAGAAUCUCCGGCGCAGAAAACACGAGACACGGGACAAAGACGAGAAUUGCCAUUCGGUAGAGGUGAAAACGAAAGCUACCUUGGGCGGAUGCCCGUUUUUCAUUGCAUUUCAUGUAGCACGAGACGAAGGGCACGGACGAAUUGCGCGACACGAACACGAAUGUACAUAAUGUUUGAACUGCCAAUUUUCUUCUGCCCCGAUCAACGAUCACUUUCCCUGCGUUUAAAACACAAGCGGUCCACGCGGUCACCGAAGAAACGUUUGGCGAGUUUUCCGCGUUCCUUGAAAGUGUCCCUCGAAAGAAGCGGCGAAGCAAAUAAAAGAUUUAGAACCGA